CAGACUUCCUUUCUCGUACAUAUAAAUUCGGACCCACUUUCUAUGCGACAGUCUGCUCGAUCUCUAGAGAAAGAAACCGACCUCCGGUUCUCUAAGAUUGUCAUAUGAUCGAAGUGCGUGUAGUUUAGUAGCGUGUGAAGGAGUGAAAGAUAGGACAUGGAAGCAGCAGCAGCAGCAGCAGGAAGCUCAAGAAAGUGCAGUGCUAAUGGUGGUAAAAAAGAGAAGGAUCUGUUCCAUGUUAUUCACAAGGUUCCUGCUGGUGAUGGCCCUUAUGUUAAAGCCAAGCAUGCUCAGCUGGUACAAAGAGACCCAGAAGCAGCCAUAGUUUGGUUCUGGAAGGCGAUAAAUGCAGGAGACAAAGUGGAUAGUGCUCUGAAGGACAUGGCAGUCGUCAUGAAGCAAAUAGACAGAACUGAAGAAGCCAUUGAAGCUGUCAAGUCUUUCAGAGGCCGUUGCUCAAAGCAAGCCCAGGAAUCUCUUGAUAACGUUCUUAUUGACUUGUAUAAGAAAUGUGGGAAAGUAGAGGAGCAGAUAGAGUUGAUAAAAAGGAAGCUAAGACUAAUAUACCAAGGAGAGGCAUUCAAUGGCAAACCCACAAAAACUGCACGCUCCCAUGGAAAGAAGUUCCAAGUUUCUGUUAAGCAAGAGACCUCCAGGUUGCUGGGAAACUUAGGCUGGGCCUAUAUGCAAAAGCCGAACUACAUAGCAGCCGAGGUAGUGUAUCAGAAAGCCCAGAUGAUUGACCCAGAUGCUAACAAGGCCUGUAACUUAGCCCUCUGCUUGAUCAAGCAAGCUCGAUACGACGAGGCUCGUUCUGUUCUCCUCGAUGUCUCACAGGGAAGACUUCCCGGUUCCGGUGACGUUAAGUCAAGAUCACGGGCCGAGGAAUUGUUGAUGGAAGUGAAAUCAAGGGAGACCCCCGAUGAGUUAACGGAUAUGCUGGGCUUUAAUCUUGAUGAGGAUGAUGAUUUUGUGAAAGGGCUAGAGAAAUUGAUGAGUGAAUGGGCCCCAUCUAGAUCCAAAAGGCUUCCAAUCUUCGAAGAAAUCUCUUCAUUUAGGGACCCGUUGACUUGUUAAUUUUGUAUAUUUAGGUAGCUUUUUUGGCUAAUGUAGGAUAGGAAAAAAAAAAAAAAAAACCUGUUUGGUUAAAAAGAUAAGAAUAAAAAUGUAAAAUAAAAUUGUUCUGAAAUGUAUUUUUAAAAUAUAUGUCUUCAAGAUCUGUUUUUUAUUUCAAGUAACCAAAUAUUAUUUUAGUACAAAUAA